AUGGAGCUUCUGGCCGAGGUGAAUAGCGAAAUUGUGUCCACCGUCGUCCGCAUUCUACAGCGUCAUGCGGCGCAGGUGCGAGCACUGCGGGAUGAGGAAGUUGCUAGCAAUGCCCGUGCUGAGCUGCUGGAAAGCUUGACGGCGCGCCUUUUGCGCGGGGAACUUCCUUCCUGCUUGCAUGCGUCUCCGUUGGCUGCACCACAGCCUGAGGGCGAAAACAGGCGGGAGAAGAAGGGCCAGGAGGAGGAGUGGGUGGACGCGCCAUCUGCACUGCCGUUAGUGGCGCUGCAUGACUCCGAUUCAAUGGCGCAGGCGGAGCGUUCCCUUUUGACUGCUUCUGAGGAGCUCUCACAGAGCAGUUCCCCCGUGGGGUCUCCACGGGAGGAUGAGGAUGAAGGGAGGAGUUGUGCCACGCCAUCACCUACGCGACGUGAGUUGGAGGAGUUUUUUCCUAUCACUGCAGCCAAGCGCUCACGUCAAGCGUGCAUAGCAGAAGAGUCUUGUCGUCGCCGAAGGUGCAUGGAGGUGCACAAUAAUAGCGCGGGUGGUGAAGACGUUAUUACCGCCACGGACAUCCUGGCAGCCAUACCGUGUCUUUCCUCAAACAUCGCGCUACCUGCCACACACGUAGGUGCAGUUGAGUGUGAGGAGAAACCACGUGGUUGUGUGCGCAGCUACAACCGACGCCAGCUUGAUUAUGCGGCGGACGCCGCGAGAUAUGCAAGGGCCGGCGAGGCUGCUCAGGAUGGGUGUACACCCUCAGUGUACUGGGAGAUUGCGUUCCCUCGGGACCCCAAUGGUAAUGCCUUUACUGAUGGCGAGCAACGGGGAUAA